AUGGGCCUAUCAGAGAACUUUGUGAGUUUCUGUAAUAAUUUAAUUUUUCAUCUGUCUGACUUUGUUGUUCACACAGGAGAGAGACGUGACUAUUGUGGAUCCUCUGGGGAGCCUCAACUACAUCAUGAYGCUGACRAGGCAGAGAAGAGUCUCUCCACCUCAGAACACCUCAAGAAACACCAGCGGAGACCCACAGGGAAGAAACUUCAUCACUGCUCUGACUGUGGGAAGAGUUAUUCAAGAUCAGAUUCACUGAAAGUACACCAGAGAAUUCACACAGGAGAGACAUCUCACUGCUGCUCAGACUGUGGGAAGAGAUUUACCUCAUCAGCAGACCUCAAAAGACAUCAGAGAAUCCAUACAGGAGAGAAACCUUAUAGCUGUGAUCAAUGUGGRAAGAGUUUUAAUGUUCCAAGCAGCCUGAAAACACACCRGAGAAUACACACAGGGGAGAAACCKUAUAGCUGCGCUGACUGUGGGAAGUGUUUUUCAAAAUUAUAUACAUUACAAUCACACCAGAGAAUUCACACUGGAGAGAAACUUUAUAGCUGCUCUGACUGUGGGAAGAGUUUUUCAAAAUUAUAUACAUUACAAUUACACCAGAGAAUUCACACUGGAGAGAAACUUUUUAGCUGUAAUCAAUGUGGGAAAAGGUUUACUCACUCAAGCUGCCUGAAGGUACAUCAGAGAACACACACRGGAGAGAAACCUUAUAGCUGUGAUCAGUGUGAGAAGAAAUUUGUUACAUCUAGCAGUCUGACUAUACACCGGAGAACACACACAGGRGAGAAACCUUAUAGCUGUGCUCAAUGCGUGAAAAGUUUUACUUCAUCUAGCCAUCUGACUAUUCACCAGCGGACACACAAGAAAGAAACCUUGUAGCUGUAAUCAAUGAGGGAAGAGUUUUACUCAGCCAAACAUCCUGAUAUCACAC